CUCAUCGCCACCUUAGCACUUUUGCACUCUACUUCUGAUGGGUGUACUCUCCAACCAUUGCAGGGGCAUUGGUCCUCCUGGUCUACUAGGCUACAAAGCCAUCUAUGCGCUGUAUUUUUCGCCCCUCCGCCAUAUUCCAGGCCCUUUCCUUGCACGCAUUACAAGCAAGCGCAACCAGAUAAUAAGCAUGAUUGGCAAAAUCGGACAUUACGCGCAGCACGAGUACGACACGUACGGCGACCUCUAUGUGCUGGAGCCCAAUGCUGUGGCGAUUUCGAACCCAUCGGAUAUUCGUACUGUUUUUGGCUCGCAUGCUUUCCUCAAAUCCAGCUUUUAUGAAGCGCUGAACGUUUUUGGAAUUCCAAACACCGUCAGUGCCAUGGAUCCGACCUUUGUUGGUAUGCGAAAACGCCAGUUGGGACCGUACUUCAAUCCGGUGUACCUGGGGAAGAUGGAGCCUGCAAUCUUGAAACACGGGUAUCUUGCGUUGAAAAAUGCGUGGGAGGAACGAAUUGCCCACAGUCCCAACGGCAAGAUCAGCAUAAAUUACAUGAAAGACUUUGCUCUGGCGACCUUCGAUACUAUCGGCGCAUUGGCCUUUGGCCAAGAGUUCAACGGUCUAAAGCACAACAACGACGACGUGGCCAAGUGGGCCAGCGCAACCAUCAUUUUGCAUGGCACUCGUGCAGCUGUCCCGCUCACAAAAUACUUCCCGUUCUCACUGCUUCUCCGACCCCUAGAGGCGAAGUUCAAACGCCUAUCCGAAUUUUGCGACAAGGCAAUUGCCAGCCGCAAGGAGCUGCUUCGUGUCGGUGCAGAAAAGCCUGUGGAUCUCCUUCAGGCCUUUAUUGAUGCUGAGGAUCCCGAAUCGAAGACUACCAUGGACGACCUCCAGGUCAAGGUUGAAUCAAUCGUUGCCAUGUCUGCAGGCAGCGAUACCUCGUCGGUCUCACUCACAUGGACUAUAUUCCUCCUGAUGGUCCACCCCGAGAUCUAUGCUAAGGCAAGAGAUCAGGUCCGCAGCAACUUUCCAGUUGACCAUGUCAUCACCUAUGCUGAAGCCAGAAGCAAGCUGUCGUUCGUCAAAGCGUGUCUAUACGAGUCGCUUCGCCUCUGCCCUGUAGGCGGUGGCUAUCUUCCCCGUGUUUCGCCUCCAGGUGGUAUCACUCUUCAGGGCCAUUUCAUCCCUCCAGGUAUGGAGAUUUAUGUCAACUUUCCUGGUGUCAGCCACCAUGCUAGCGCAUGGACUGACCCGCUAAAGUACGAUCCGGCCCGGUUCCUCAAUAACGACGAAGCGCACCGCAACCUGUUCACCUUUGGCCCUGGUGUCCGCAUGUGUCCUGGACGCCAUCUUGCCAAAAUCGAGAUGUUAACCAUCCUGUCGAAUAUGCUGAAAGAUUUCGAUAUGGCGUUGCCUGAGGACUAUACCCAUCUCGGGCCAGAUAUCCUGGAUGCGAAUGUACAUAUACUUGUUACUGAACCUGUGGACCCAAAGCGCGACUGUCAAUAGCAUUGUUUUGCAAUAGUUUAGCCCUGACAUAGCAUAUCACCAUAUUACGACAGAAAAGGCUAUAUUGCUGACAAGCACUUCACCCUGGCCAAGGCUCAAGGAAUCCUCGUGGGUCUUUUGAUCUAACUGUGGUGGAUUUAUCGGCUUUCUGAGCCGCGCUCUAUCUUUCUAACAUUAACAUGGGGUCUUUUUUAUCGGUUUCUAAUGGAUCCCUUGUCCCUUUUCAAGUCACAUCUGGC